UGUUGCCGGAUAGACUCCGCGACCUCGUAUGGGAGAAGCAGUUCGGAAAAUGUGUGUGUACAUGCAACCCGUUACGGGGAAUUAAGGGGAUGAGUGUCUGCUGGUCAGUGUGAAGAGCCUAGGCUAGGUGGGCAGACUGGAUGAGGUGCAGGUCCUCCAUUUUAAAGGGGGAAAAAAAGGACUGGUAGCAUAAUAGUUAGAGUUACUACCUUUGGAUCCAAACAAGGGCUGCAGGUUUGAUCCCUACCUCCGGCUGUUAAGCAAGGUUAUUUCUAUGCGCGUCGCGCCACUCUGUCUCUCGCUGUGCCGGUGUUCUGAUAAGGUUCAUAAUGAACGCUGUCCGUGUGUCCUGCGAUCCAUUCGAACCCGGCGGAGCGCAGCACGCUACACUUUCUGUUCUUUGUAGACAUGCAUUAGCCUAGUUGUGAACGUGAUGCGAUCCGAUUGCGAGACCCAGUAAAUUAUAAGAACAACGCAACGGCCGGAAAGACGUGUGAUAAUUUUCCUUAAGAUAUAAUGGAUCUGACAGAAUCAGAAAGUCGCGUUUUUAUAAUAUCAUUGGUGUAUGGUUUUUAAUUUAAGUAACCAGUAUGCAGUAAAUAUACGUUAAAUACAGGUACUGUACUGUAUUCCAUACAUCGGCAACCAUACCGCGUCGCCUGUCGCCCCUCAGCGGCGUUUCCACUCGUGUUAUGGUGAACGCGUCUUUCUAACCAUGUCGAAUCUGUUUUGGUUGAGUUAAUGUACAUAUGUCAUAUUUUUUUCCAGAGCGGCACAAAAAAAAAGUAAGUAGUUCAGACUAAGUUUCAACAGUGUCAAACGCUCUAAAUGUUAAAUAGCCCAUUUUGGUUUGAAUUUUUUGUUCAAAUUGUAUCGAAUGUGCUUAUCUGUGCUACAAGCCGACAAUCGGAAGCUUCACGUUGAAAGACCGUCAUGGCGGCGUCCUCACAAAACGCGGAAACCAGUGCAAUGUCGAUAGGUUCGAGUCCCGAUGGCGGGCAGUUGCAGUAUAGCCUAAUCCUAGAGCAUCUGAUCGGAGACAGGAGACAAGCGAAGGAGCUGAAUCCGGCCGUGAUGGGCGGUUUACCGAGCCCCCACAAGUCGGAUGAGCAGAAGAUGAUGGAGCAGGGGAUGGAAAGCUGCGCUUUCAAAGCGCUCCUGGCCUGUGUUGGAGGCUUUGUUCUCGGAGGAGCCUUUGGAGUCUUCACAGCAGGCAUUGAUUCCAAUGUUGGGUUUGACCCCAAAGACCCGAUGAGGACCCCGACUGCCAGGGAGGUGCUGAGGGACAUGGGCCAGAGAGGAAUGUCGUAUGCCAAAAACUUUGCCAUCGUGGGUGCAAUGUUCUCCUGCACUGAGUGCAUUAUUGAAUCACACAGAGGCAAGUCCGACUGGAAGAAUGCUGUGUACAGUGGCUGUGUUACUGGGGGGGCCAUUGGAUUCCGGGCUGGCCUGAAGGCAGGAGUACUGGGCUGCGGAGGCUUUGCUGCAUUUUCUGCUGCAAUAGAGUACUACCUACGAUGAGCCCAAUGCCUAGACUUGCCCCCUGCGGUGACCCUUCCUCUGACUGUCUGUUGCCCAUUAUUGCUGGAGGACAUUUGGGCAGCUGCUGCAUUGAAUCUGUUGGCACCCUUGGCCUAUCAGGAUCCAAGAAGGGAGGACCAUGUAUAGGGUGCUGAGGGAAGACAAACACAUGCAACUCAGUUCCUAAAAUCUUAAAACAUGUCAUGUACAUUUUAAGUCUUUCUUCAUGCUGUUGAAAUGAUGUUCAGUGCUGUGUGUAAGAAAAGCAUGGAUAAGCAAGCAAGGAAACUUGUUACCCUUUUUAUUUUCCUAAAAAAAAAAAAAAAAAGGUUCACA